ACAGAUUAGCACUGUCAAUUGAUGCAGAAACACAUAGCGUACCUUUACCACGUAACCAAAUGAGCAGGUUUCUAUUUAAUGAGAAAAGGUUUAGCCUAAUUCCAUCUGUACUGUUUAGUGUCUAAAGAUCUCUGAUAACUGGGUUUGCUCUCUCCACUGAGGUAGCUAGUCAAUACACUGAAACCUACAGGGGGUUGGGUUUAACCUCUGAACUUCCUCCCUAGAGUCCGGUCCUUAGACCUUAUUGGUCGGUUUGCGCAGCCAGCCAAUAGAAGAGCAGGUUAAUUGAUCCUGACAGUUGAUCAGUAUGUAGAGGAGCCAACCUUAAUCAGAGGACAUUAGGUUAGUGUUUCAGAUGUAUCUCGGCUCCAAAUCUAAUUAAGGAUUGAAAUACGUGUUUCUGCAGUGAGGUUGUUUUUGUUCAUAUUUGUCUGGGUUGCUGUUUUUCUGGAGCAGGGAUCUGAAACACGGGGGAGCACAUUGUUAGAAGAUCGGCCCUUGCUGAGUGCUGUUUGUUUAUUAGUUUAUUUGGGAGUAGUGCUGUGAUAAUAUAGCCUCAGUAAUGAGAGAGAGAAGAGAACGAAGAGAGGGAGCCCUUCACCCUUGCCCUUCUCACUCUUAUUCCCCCCCUUCACCACUGGUCACCCUCUCUAUCAUUCAACCCCCCCCCAUUUUCAUUCCCCGUCCUUUUAUACGCCCUUCCCGUCACCCCAUGCCCUCUCAUGCCUCACUCCCUCCAUCUUCCCUCCCUCACUGCCCCCUGCCCUUCAUUCUCUUCAUUCCACGUCCCAUCUCCCUCUUCUCUCCCUCAUCACUGUCCCUCUCCUCUCCCUCACGUCCCUCACCCAGGUGUCCUCCCAUUCUAACCCCUCACGCCCUCUCCUCUCUCUUCUCUCCCUCCAUCUCCCACUUGUCCCUCUCUCUCUUCUCCCCUCACUGUCCCUCUCACCUCUUCCCUCCUCACUGUCCCUCUUUCCUCUUCUCUCCCUCACUGUCCCUCUCUCUCUCCUCUUCUCCCCUCACUGUCCCUCUCACCUCUCCUCCCUCAUCCCUCUUCCUCCCUUCCUCCUCCCUCACUGUCCUCUCUCCUCAUUCUCUCCCUCACUGUCCCUCUCUCAUACCUUUCUCCCCUCACUGUCCCUCUUUCCUCUUCUUCCCUCACUGUCCCUCUCUCCUCUCUCCUCAAUUCCCCCUCACUGUCCCUCUCUCCUCUUCUCUCCCUCACUGUCCCUCUCUCCUCUUCUCCCCCUCACUGUCCCUCUCACCUCUUCUCUCCCUCACUGUCCCUCUUUCUCUUCUCCCUCACUGUCCCUCUCUCCUCUUCUCCCUCACUUUGUCCCCUCUUCCUCUUCACCCCUCACUGUCCUCUCCUCCUCUUCGUCCCCCUUCGCCUCCUCUCUUCUCCCCUCACUGUCCCUCUCCUCUCCCAGAUACUGUGUGUAUACAUAAUGUAUAAUUAUCUCUCCUCUCCUGUCCCGUCAUAUAGAUUCUACGUAUCUGUACGCGGUACACUCCGGACCAGGACACCAUGACGUUCUCAGACGGGCUGACCCUGAACCGGACCCAGAUGCACAACGCAGGCUUCGGCCCGCUCACCGACCUGGUGUUCACCUUCGCCCACCAGCUGCUGCCCAUGGAGAUGGACGACACAGAGACAGGCCUGCUCAGCGCCAUCUGCCUCAUCUCUGGAGGUACACUACACUUUCUUCACUUUCUUUCUGCAAGGAGAGAGAGUGAUCAGUGACAGAGACAGAGAGAAGGUGAUUUAAGUAGUAAAAGUUGCCCAGAGUCUAAGGUGGCAGAGGGUGACUUUGUGGCAGAUGUGAAGCUUUAACAAGUCAUUAGAAAGGCAGUCAAACUCCGAAUGGAAAACAUUUGAUACAGACUUAGACUGACAGACAGACAGACACAAAGUCUGGAAUCAGGUCCUCCACAGGUCCAUCUCUGUGAGGCAAUGUAUGAGACAGGGUGUGUGUGUGUGUGGCUGUGUGUGUGUGUGUGUGUCUGUGUUGGACUGUUCUUCUCACAGGAAAUGAGUCUGUUCCGUUCAGCCUGUUUCAGCACACAACACCCCAGGCAGUAGUUCUCCCUCAGCUGGGACAGGGCAGGCAGACAUGAAUUAAAACACACACACACACACACACAUACAGUGAGAUCUACAUUCUUGCAUAAUGCAGUUACAAACACACUCUGACACACGCUCCUCCCCUGCAGUGUGUGACUGGGCUAUUGUGGAAAGUUUCCAUUCCAAGGUUUGAAUCCCCAGAGUCUUGCCAUAUAUUGCGUGCUGUUGUAUAAUCCACUGGGGGAAGAACUAAGCACUCUGCUGUGGCUAUCAGUAAUGUGACUCUGUGACUGGCAGGUCUCAGGUCCCACAGCAGGAGCUGGUGCUUUCAACACACACACACUGACCCCUUAUGGACUGAAGUGGUAAUGCAAGCUUUACAAAAUGUGAUACAAAUGUCAUAUAGGGCUCCUGGCUUUAGAGAACUGUGCAGUAUUUAAUAAAAAUAAUUUGGUGGAAUUUGAUAUAUUUUUCCUACUACAUAUUUGACACCCUUUUAAUGUUCCAUGGAAACCGUUCAAGUCGGAUUACUUCUAACCGAGUUUCUAGACAUUUACACAACUCCUUUUAUGCCAAACUAUAUAAAAGUGCAAGCUCAUGGGGCAUAUGGCCUGGUAAAGGCCUAGCCAUGUGUUGCCCUACUGUAUGACUCUGGUGUGUGUCUUUCUAACUCCUUGGUCAUACGUAGCCUAUGUGACUCUGUCUGUCUCUCUCUCUCUCAGACCGUCAGGACCUGGAGGAACCCUCUAAGGUCGACCACCUCCAGGAGCCUCUACUGGAAGCUCUGAAGAUCUACGUGAGGAAGAGGAGGCCCAGCAAGCCACACAUGUUCCCCAAGGCCCUGAUGAAGAUCACUGACCUCCGCAGCAUCAGCGCCAAAGGUACAGACAUCACAGAGACUCAUAUACUAAUACAACUGAGUAGAAAUGAGCACACUAUAGAUUCAAUAGCAUUUCAGUAGGCAUACUUUGUACACAUGUGCCCUAUUUGUUUUGCAAUAUGUCCUUUCCUUUCCCUCCAGGUGCGGAGCGGGUCAUCUCGCUGAAGAUGGAGAUCCCUGGCUCCAUGCCUCCUCUGAUCCAGGAGAUGCUGGAGAACUCAGAGGGCCAAGACGGCCAGAGCAGCACCCAGGGCGAGGACGGCAGCAGCCCCAAGAAGGGCACCCCUAAGAGGGGUAAGGGGGGUAAACCCUCCCCUGUGUCCCCUGACCCCUCAGACAGCGAUGGGCCCACAGCGGCCCCUGAGGAGGAGGAGGAGGAGGAGGAGGAGGAGGAGGAGGAGGAAGAGGACCCCUAG